UCCUGCUACCAUUGACUAAAACCGAGAGCUGGCAGGCUGUAGGGGGGAAAGGCAUAUCCAAGAGCUUUACAUAUUCCUGGACACACUGGCGAUUCUUUCUUAUGUUUUUUUUCUUUAAAUGAAGGCUGUUUAACCAGCAGUGCAGUCACAGUCUAACAGCCUAUUUGUGAAGACCCAGCAGCUGCUCGCCCGUAAAACCAUUUAUGAUUUAUCGAGAUGAUAUGAAUGUCAGUCGGUCAAGGUCCGCUCUUCCUAUUCAAACGCUGGAUUUUCAGGUUUCUGGUGGGAAUCAUCUGCCGCACGCAUUUGGAUGAAUUUCUCCUGAUUUCCAGAGGAGCGUGAAGGGAUUGGGGUUGUUUGAGCGGAGAGGGAGGCUCACUGUGGGAAUGACAUGCUGCAGUAAAGACGGGAAAUAAUAUGGAUUAGAAAACGCUGAUGAUGUGACUGCGACACUUUGAAUGGUCAGAAAAUGCUUCCCAGCCGCCACUUAGCGCACAAGUCUUUAAUAUCACUCAUUAACUGGACUGUUUUUGACUAAAUACUAUUUUGGGAAGGGGCUACAUGUGCGCAGAUCCCCUCCCGAGCCAUCGGCGUAUUGUCUGAAUCGCUUUGCAGUAUAAAUACUUGUAUUGACCCAAAGAAGCGCACACUGCUGAUCUGAGAAGAGGACACCAUGUCGGCGGUGAUGAUAACACGAAAGGUGCGAAAAUGGGAGAAGCUCCCGGGGAAAAACACUUUCUGCUGCGACGGACGGGUGAUGAUGGCCCGGCAGAAGGGCGUCUUCUACCUGACCCUCUUCCUCAUCGCCGGGACCUGCGCCCUCUUCUUCGCUUUCGAAUGUCCGUACCUGGCUGUUCAUCUUUGUCCCGCCAUCCCAGUUUUUGCUGCCCUGCUGUUCCUUUUCGUUAUGGCCAUGCUGUUGAGGACCAGCUUCAGUGACCCCGGGGUGCUACCGAGGGCCCUUCCGGAAGAGGCUACAUUCAUUGAGAUGGAAAUUGAGGCUGCCAAUGGGAACGUCCCAGCAGGGCAGCGACCCCCGCCCCGAAUCCGCAACGUUCAGAUCAAUAAUCAGAUCGUCAAGCUCAAGUACUGCUACACGUGCAAGAUCUUCCGACCACCUCGAGCGUCCCACUGCAGCAUCUGCGACAACUGCGUUGACCGUUUUGAUCACCACUGUCCUUGGGUGGGCAACUGCGUGGGCAAGAGAAACUACAGAUACUUCUACCUGUUCACCCUGUCACUCUCCCUGCUCACCAUUUAUAUCUUCACCUUUGACAUCGUCCACGUGGUCAUGCGCUCAAUGAAUGGUGGCUUUUUGAACACUUUGAAGGAAACACCUGGAACUGUGCUGGAGGUGCUGGUGUGUUUCUUCACCCUCUGGUCAGUGGUGGGACUGACUGGCUUCCAUACCUACCUGAUCUCUCUCAACCAGACCACCAAUGAAGAUAUUAAAGGAUCCUGGUCGGGAAAGAACAGAGGCCAGAACCCUUACAGUCACAAGAACAUCAUCAAAAACUGCUGUGAGGUGCUGUGCGGCCCGACAUACCCGAGCGUCUUGGACAGAAGAGGACUACUGCAGGAGGACUCUACACUCGUUUCCUCCAGCAACCCAGUGCCACAAACUACGAAAACCACAGCUCCACUCAUCCCCAACGAGCACACACCUGAUGAUGCCAAGCCGAGCAUUGCUUCCUCAGCAGAGAAGAGCGCCUCCCCGAAAGAGGAGCACCCUGCAGCUACGAAAUUCCCACCCCUGGCUUCACCCGAGACUGAUGCAGAGACAUCCAUCGCCAAGGAAAGGGCCCAUUAGCUGCAUUAGAGGGCGGCUCUCAUCGGGGCUGCUCCUCCAGCAUCCUGCCUGGUCAGGAACUGAAGCAUUAAUAAUCAAUGUCUGACUACUGUGAGGGGGACUCAGUUAUUCUCCGACUCCUGCCCAUCAAUCCCUCAGAAGAGCGGAGAUUUUGCUGCAGCUUCUCCUCUUCCCUGCUUUUUCUCACUGGUAGCUGCAGAGGAGUUUGAUUGACAUUGACUCCUGCAGGAGAAGUGAUUAAAUGGAAAGUCAGCAGCUUCCCAUCUCCUGAACACUGCAUGGAAAAAAAAAAAAAAAAAACGCAUAGGGGGAAAAAAGCUGCUGGGGUGCCGCAGAAAAGACACUCCCCAAGCUCUCGACAGCCCCACAGUUCACCCGUGGGCUUCCUCUGACUGUCAGUACUCAAGUAUGUUUAUAUUUAAAAUUGCGUAAUGACAUUUAUUAUAAGAGGCCAGUUCAAAUAUCCUUGCAAGUCUCUGGCAAAAACAGAAGCUAUCACUUCUGGACAUGUGUACAACUUCAUACAUACAGUCAGUUUAUGUUGUGCAUACAUUACACGCCCUAUGCAAACCACAAGAAGGCUGGAGAAGCAGCAUUGAGAGGAGUGUGGUGAUAAAGGGUCUCACCUUUCAGUCAGAGCUCCUGAUGUCCAGGCAGCAGGAGAACGUGUGAAUCCUUAGCUGAGAAAUUCAUUUAAGGCUCCUUCCAGGCAAAGUCUACCUUGUACUCUGAUACUGCUGCAUUCAAGUACUGGUGUCACUGAUGUGCAUCUUUUCUUAACAAAGUGAUCUCAUCCAGACCAACGCCUGUCCUUUCAUUUUUUUUUAUUUAUUUUCUUUUUUAUAUAAUCAAGGAUGUAGUGUGCCAUCGACGCUCUGAAACAGAUGACACUGAGUCACGCACAUUUAAAGUCUCGUAUCCAGUUGAGUGUGAGAAAAGGCCUGAUGAGCGUAGAGACACUCGUAGUACCAGUGCCUUAAUGUAACGGUUGCAUCCAUCUGUAGCAACUGAGGUUCACCAACAGAAGAGCCCUUCAAAUCAUUAAUCCAGUGCUAACCUGAAUCUGCUACUUAACACUACAAUUUUUAUGUUGUUGACAAACUGUGAAUUUUCCAAAUCUGAGAAGGAAUAAUCACUAUUUAACUGAAAGGAUCACAGCGACCUGUGGUGAGUUUAUGUUGCUGCGUUUUAGAAUAUCGCAGGUCACUCAAAAAGAGCUUGUGAGAAAUAAACAACGAAGCAAAGCCAUCUUUUAACUGCAGGUUGCUUCAGCAGGGAUAGAUGUGCUGAAAACUCAGCUGCUGGGUGAGGAUGAAAGAAAGAAGUGUGUAGCCAGAGUUAAUUAUUCAGCCUUUGAGCUCCUCCUGAUCUUCCUCCCAGUCCUCUCUCUUCCUGCCGUGUUCUGCCUCUGUAGAAAAGUCUCAUAUCUUACUCCUCUCCUCCUUUUACUUGCGCAGUUUUUUUGUACAGUACGCCCACGACCGGUGCAGCUUUCGCUGCAACCAACUGUGUCAGGCUCAUUAUCGCAGAGAAUUUAAAAAAAAAAAAAAACACGUUCAAACUUUUUUCCUCACCCCCCUACGUGUCUCUUAUUUUGCUUUGGUCACAAUGAUCGCCUUAGGGUACAGCAUCUGUGCAAAGACCAAUCAGAGAAGGAGUCAAGCAGAUCCUUUGUAUUAAUUGAUGUUAGCUGAUAGUGAGAGUUAGUGAUUGUGCUGUAUGCAAGACAGAGUUUGUGUUUGUGAAAUAUACUUGUGUAGAAGUUUUAGCACCGUAUCAAACUAAAAUCAAGGGUAGAGAAUAAAGCUUAGGAUGAAUUGAGGACAGGCGUGCCAUCAUUUUUAUUUAACUGUCAGACUUUACAGCUUUAAAAACUAGACGGGGUAAAAGCAUUAAAACUUUUUCCAACCAAUAUUUUGCUGAUCCAUUAACUCGUCAAUUCUCUAAUUGUUUCAGCUCUCGAGGAAUUCUUUCUACCUGCUUUCAGGUAAUCCCUGACACGUCUCUGUUGGAGGAUGCUGUGAAGUGUGUAGUAGUGUAAAGAAGUGUAAUUACUGAGUAUUUGUUUGGAAAACUCAGAGAAAUGCUCAAAUUUACAGUAAACCGAGACCUUUUUUUCUUUGUUUUCAAUUAAAGCUGAACUUAGUGGGCUUUCUUGUGGAAAGUAUUUAAAGAUAGUUUGGUGUAUUUAAUUGUCACCGAGAAGCAAGAAUGUAUGAUGUUCGAUUUUUGAGAAGGGGGGGAAAAAAAGGGAAGCUCGUGAUGUUCAAAGGGAGGAUGAAGUUUAAAGUUUAGCUGAAAGUCUGCAGACCACAGAGAGACCAAGCCGAGCUCUUGUAUUUAUUCCUGUUUUCCAAGCGGGAUCAGACGUGAAUGCUCUGAUCUGAUUAUUACAUUGCAUUAUGUAUACAGAUACAGUACUAUACCAUUGAUGGAACACUUAUUUAUGUCCACUUUGUUUGGUAUCAACACUGUGAUAUAUGUAUUUCAUUCAAUUUAUUCACUUCUUUUUACAUGAUCAUUGUGUCUGGUAAAUAAAAAAAUGUUGUCUUAUUA